AUGGGCGACGGCUCUGACUAUCCUAGUCCAAGAAGUGAGGGACGCAACGGAGCUCUUGCUGCUUCUAUCCUCGCAUCUGCCUCUGAACAAUCGCCUCCGUCCGCCACAAUGUCUACCCACCACAGAUCAAACGACUACGCAAUUGCCAAAGUACACAACGAAGGGGGCAUGAGCUACCUCAACCCCACGCGAGCAAGCGUCUCUGUCCGACGCGCUCGCGAUCCUCCCAAAAACUCCGAGGGCCAGAUUUUCUGCGAUCACCUUGAUUGUCAAGCUGCCCCGCCGACUUUCCGCCGUCCUUGUGAAUGGAACAAACACAUGGACAAACAUGAUCGCCCCUACAAAUGUUACGAGCCUAACUGCGACAAGAUUCAAGGCUUCACAUACUCCGGCGGUUUGCUACGUCACCAGCGCGAGGUGCACAAGAAGAACACCGAUGCCAAGAAGGCUUUGAUGUGCCCAUACAACGAUUGCAACCGCAGCACUGGAAAUGGAUUUACACGCCAGGAGAACCUGCGCGAGCACCUUCGCCGCCGCCACAUGCACGGCGUCGAGGGUGUCGAGGGUGUCCGUGUUCCAUCUCUCCCUGCGACUGGUAUGAAGCGCCGACACGACUCCCACGAUGGCAACCUCCCCGAGACAGACGAGAAUGGCACUGAGCUCCACCAUGAAGUGAAGCGCCUGCGCCGUGAGGUCGAAGAGAAGGAUCGCCGCCUGGAGGAGCUGGAGCGAAUCGUUGCCGGUCUUCAGCAGGCUAUUCCCCAGCAGUCCCCGACUGAAUCUGACCUGCAGCCUCUUUCUCAGCCCACUCCCCAGGCUGCCCCUGUGUAA